GAGCAGGGGAAUUGCGCAUGCGCACUCCUCCCGCGUGGUGCUGUGUGGUGGGUUUCGCUCUCCAGCCUCCGCUGUAUCUGCGGCAGCUCAUCUUCCCAUCCGGGACCCCCGUGCGUUUUGGGGCUCGGAAUGUUCCCAGAACUCAAUAACCUUCUCAACACCACCCCUGAAGGGGCGGAGCAGGGGAAGUUGACUCUACUCUGUGAUGCCAAGACUGAUGGCAGUUUCCUUGUGCACCACUUUCUCUCCUUCUACCUCAAAGCUAAUUGUAAAGUCUGCUUUGUGGCCCUCGUCCAGUCCUUCAGUCACUAUAAUAUCGUGGGGCAGAAGCUGGGUGUCAGCCUGACCGCAGCGCGGGAACGCGGGCAGCUGGUGGUCCUCGAGGGUCUCAAGUCCGCAGUGGACGUCUUCUUCCGGCCUCAGGAGGAGCCGCACCCCCUGCAGUUCCUCAGGGAGGCCAACGCCGGGGAUCUGCAGCUGCUGUACACGUUUGUGCGGGACGCCCUGGAGCCCGUGGACGGUGGGGAGGCCGCCUGGAGGUGCCCGGUGCUGCUGGUGGAUGACCUCAGCGUGCUGCUGAGCUUGGGCACGGGGCCGGUGGCGGUGCUGGACUUCGUCCACUACUGCAGGGCCACCGUUUGCUGGGAAUGGAAGGGAAACAUCGUGGCCCUUGUACACGACAGUGGAGAUGCCGAGGACGAGGAGAGUGACGUCCUGCUGAACGGCCUUAGUCACCAGAGCCACCUGAUCCUGCGGGCUGAGGGCCUGGCCACCGGCUUCUGCAAGGACGUGCACGGGCAGCUGAAGAUCCUGUGGAGAAGACCACUGCAGCCCACCGCCCACCGGGAUCGGAGCCUCACGUACCAGUACAAGAUCCAGGACAAGAGUGUGUCCUUUUUCGCCAAAGGAAUGUCUCCUGCUGUUCUGUGACCUGAUUUAGGGGUGGCUGAAGCUUCCUGGGUGGGACUGUUUUUUGGUGGUGAAAGAUAAAGCAACCGAGCAGAAAUGGGGUCCUUUGGAGCCUUCUCAUACAUAACACUUUAGCCCCAACUCCCCAUUUUUGGUUGUGGUGACUUUCAAAGCCGGAGUGGGUGUGAACAUGCCAGCCAGGAGGCAGUCCUGGAUGGCAGGUGUCCAGGGUGACAUCUAGGAUAAGCGUGGCUGGUACACAGUGAGCUCCCGCCUCGUGGCUUCCCAUGGAUGGUCACGUUUACUUUUCACCUUCAUCCUGCAGGGAUAUUUUUUUCUUCUUCAGUCCAGUGAGGAAGCAGGCUUCGAGGUGUUUGGAAGCACGCUCAGCACCAUAGAGCAGGCUACAGAUUAGGAGGUUAGGCUACAGAUUGCCAGCUGACCCUCAUGGAAACCAGAGGCAGGCUCCGCCCAGUUCAAAGGUUAGCUCCUCCUAUUUCUGUGGUCGCUGGGUACCUGGCCCUGCAUGCCAUUGAGGCCAAGCCAUCAAGGCCCUGGGCUUGGCCACACGGGGCCCCCAUGGGGCACAGGUUUGCUUGGCCUUGGUGAGGCUGGGAACGAAUGUUCUUGCUGCCAGGCAGGCGAGGACCCUGGGGAGGAGCCAGGGCCUUGCGCUCCUGUGAAGACUGGAGGCGGGGCACUCCCGCCCAGCAUCCUGUGAUCCACUUGCCACGCUCAGCCCCUCAGUCAAGGUCACCUCAGCCUGUUCUCUUAAAAUGGGUACAUUCUAUUGUGUGUACGUUAUGCUACAAAGAAUUCAACCUUAAAAAACAAAUGGAAGAGAUAACAAUGCUUUGCAGGGACUAAGGAAAUUUUCAUUACCAGUGUUUAUUUUUAACUUACUGUUAACAUUUUUGAGCUUUGUAAAGGGGAACAGAUUAUUACCCUGCUCCUCAAGUCAUGCUGACUAUUGUGUAGGUUUUUCCAUUGACACAGUAGCUGCUUUUCUUCUCAAAAUACGGCAUUUGCUAGAAUAUUUUAAAAUUAUGAGUGUAAGUCACUUAAAGUAGUUAUUAAAGAGAUUCUUUUAUUAAUACGUCGGUAUUUAUACAUGCUUCAUAUGAGCUACAGUUCUGAGUGGGUAAGGCACUCCAGGACACUUUUUACAUGAUAUGCUAUUUCUUCACUUGGUUUAUACAUAUUUUCAGUAAACUUUUAAUGUUUAAUGGCUACUUAACAUUUUAUGGUGUCAUUAGUUUCUAAUUUGCAUAGCUAUUCUCUGGGCAUAUGGGUUCUGAUUUUUGUAAUUAUAAAUUAUGCUGUUGUGAAUUUUAUAUACUAUGCCUGUUUGGGGACUGGGGCAAGUACUUGUUUCCUUGGAACAUUCAUCCAUUCAGCAUAUAUUGAGCACCUUCUGAGGGCGUGGGCCUUCCCUGGUGACUCAGAUGACAAAGAAUCUGCCUGCAAUGCAGGAGACCCGGGUUUGAUCCCUGGGUCGGGAAGAUCCUCUGGAGAAGGGAAUGGCAACCCACUCCAGUAUUCUUGCUGGGAAAUUCCAUGGACAGAGGAGCCUGGCAGGCUACAGUCCAUGGGGUCAUAAAGAGUCGGAUAUGACUGAGCGACCAACCCUUUCUGAGGGUGUGCCAAUGACAAUAGGUGUCUGCCCUCCUGGAACUGACAUCCCAGGGGAGGAAACAGACAGUCAACAGAACUGAGAAUUAAGGGAGGUGGAGUUAGACCAUGAUCAGUGCUCUAAAUAAAGCAGAGAGGAGGCCUACGAGGGUAAGGAAAUGAUGACAUUUGAGAGCCUUCUCCCUGAAGUGGAAUUUAUGAUUGAAAGCAUGGGCUAGCCCUCACCUGUCAUCAAGUCGUUCCAUUCUGGAUGAUGGCACCAGUUAACAGUGACCUGUUGGUUUCCUCCACCAGCAUCAGGUUAAAGACAAGAUAUAAUUUUCUGAAUUUUCCCAUGUGUAUAGGAUCUAUUUCUCACCCUUAAUCAUUUACCAUUUAAAAGCUGGUGUCAACCUUAUUUUUUAUUCUUUGUAAUAUUGGGGGAAGUAAGAUUUUAUCAUUGUCUUUGUGUAUGUUUUUCUACUUUCUGGUUUGUAGAAAAUAAUCUUCAGAAACAUUUUUUUAAUAUUCAGAUACACAUCAAUUCAAGAAAUAUUUUUCAAACACCUAUUUUAUAUAAGGGUUUAAUACCUUAUAGGUAUUAAGGUAUUAAUAGGUAAUACCUUACAGGUAUUAAGGUAUAUCGGUAUUAAGGGUUUAGUACCUGCUGUACUUGAAUGGGCAUAGAAAAUAGGAACUAAAUGUGAUGCAGUGGAGAAGGUAAUAAGGCCCAUCAAGGCAGUUCAAGUAAUGUGGGGCUUAUAGGCUGAUGGUCACAGGAACGAGCAAUUAUUUACCCUCACUUUUUUUUUUUUUUAAUUGAGGGGGCAGAGAAUCAGGGAGGAAUUUAUGGAACCAGUACUAUUUGAACAGGACCUUGGAAUGUUCUAUUUUUUUAUGAUGGUAUGUUAAUUCUUCAGAAUUCAGAAAUGUAUAUUUCUUGUUGCUGGAAUGAAGGUGCUAUUCUUUGUUUUUUUUUCACUACUUUAAAAUAUCAAUAGUUUUUAAAAUAUGCUUAAAAUUUAGACUUGUUUAGAACUUCUUACAGUGUUGUAAUUUGUGUUCAUGCUCAUAGCUAUUAAUAAAUAACCCAACAGUA